AUGGUUACUUUUCAAACUUCCAUCUCUCCCGCGCCAUUCAGUUCUCGGCCUCACAGCAUCUCUCAAUCCCUCUCCAUCGCCCACGCGCCCGACGUCAGCCCGACCUUGUGCCGCCAGGGCCAAGGACCUCGAGAGCACCUCGCCCCGUCCAUUCGUUCGUGCGCUAGGCCCCUCCUCGCCCGUCGUGAAUCCCCUUCCUCUCUAGGCACGUCGGCUGACGAUGCUGGCAGGACGUUCAGGAAUCUCUCUGCAAGGACGCGCAUCGGCGUGGGCAUUGGCAUCAUCGGCUGGGGCCUUGCGGGCCACUACCUUGCCGACCGCGCAGAGGAGACGUACAAGGCCCCUGCCGAGGACAAGGCCGUCGUCGAUCGCUACGUGCCGCGUGUGACGGUCGUCGACAGGCGUGAAGGACACUGA